GACUCCUUUUCCUCCGGCCCGUCACCCCGCCCCCUUCACCCCUACCUCUACAGUCGCCGCCGCUCCCGCGCCCUCUGCUGCCGCCGCCGCCGCCGCCCAGGAUCUCUCGAAGGAGCCGUCGCCGGCUGUGGAGACCGUGCGGCCCAGGCCCAGCACCGGGCGCGGAGCCGGAGGCACUCGGACUAGCCGAGCCGAGCCGGCCGGCCAGCUUCAGCCGGGGCAGAUUAGCAUAAAAUGGCAGACCAGAGACAGCGUUCACUUUCUACCUCUGGAGAAUCAUUGUACCAUGUUCUUGGGUUGGACAAGAAUGCAACCUCAGAUGAUAUAAAAAAAUCAUAUAGGAAGCUUGCAUUGAAAUAUCAUCCUGACAAGAAUCCAGAUAACCCAGAAGCUGCAGACAAGUUUAAAGAGAUCAACAAUGCACAUGCAAUAUUAACUGAUGCCACAAAACGAAACAUAUAUGACAAAUAUGGCUCUUUGGGCCUUUAUGUAGCUGAGCAGUUUGGGGAAGAGAACGUGAAUACCUAUUUUGUGCUAUCCAGCUGGUGGGCAAAGGCCCUGUUUUUAUUUUGUGGGGUCAUUACUGCAUGCUACUGUUGCUGCUGUCUGUGCUGCUGCUUUAACUGCUGCUGUGGAAAGUGUAAACCCAAACCUCCUGAAGGUGAUGACCAAGAAUACUAUGUCUCCCCAGAGGACUUGGAGGCACAGUUACAGUCUGAUGAGAGGGAGGCUACAGACACACCUAUUGUGAUACAACCAGCAUCAGCCACAGAGACCACCCAGCUCACAACUGACUCCCACCCCAGCUACCAUACUGAUGGAUUUAACUAAGUUAAGAAAACACUGUAAUUAGAAUGGAUAAAUCAGUACCUGGCCAAUCAACAUUAGAAUCAUGAACAGUAGAAAUAGAGAUCGGGGAGGGAACAACUCCUGCCACAGGGAAAGGGCAGACACUGACCUGCCAAGAAUAUUUUGUAAUCCCUUCCGCCUUUUCUGUCACCUUCAGUGUCGUAUCUUGAUGAUACAUGAAGUGCUGUAGCAUGCAGUAUUUAAAGCAGUUUAGCUACGGUCUUCCUUUAUUCUUUUUUUUUUUUAAUCGCAUGUAUGGGGUUAUGUUUUAUGUAUGUCUUUGUUGUAAAUGUAUCAAGGAGUUACUGAAUUAAGUGAGUAAUGGAAGCAAUCUGCAUUCUAAGCAGUGGUACCAACCUAAACAUAUUUUUCAACCUACAAGUUUAAUUGAGAAUUGCUCUGAAGCCACUUUUGCUUCCAUACAAUUUAGCUCUGAGAACCUUUAAAAAAUAGGAAGGGGAUUUCAUGGUUCUCAACCAAGAGUACUUGUUCACAUUCCCGGUACCUGUGUUAAAGCCAAUGUAUGACUUAGGACAAAAUGGAAGGAUGUUUCCAGAGAGGAAUUUUAUCCUUCUUUACCAGUUUUUGACCUUCAUACACUGGCUUACUCUUUGACACUUACCUUUUUUCUUAAGCCCCAGAAAUGUUGAACAGCUCCUUGCUCAGAGUCAGAAUACCUGUGUUUUGGUCCCAACUCCCCUACUUCUCUAUAUGACCUUAGGCAAGUCACUAAAACUCUCUGAGCCCUAGUUUGCUUAUCAGUAAAAUAAGGAGGUUAAAUUACAUGACCUCUGAGGUCCCUUCCAGAUUCUGUGAUUAUGAAGGAAUUUGGAAAUACGUAGAUGACUCUUCAGAAGACAUAAUCCCUGUGUUUAUGUGGUAUAUAGUUUGUACCUGAUCUCUUCAGCCUUGUUUACGUACAUUAUUGUGGGUUUUUUUCCUCCUCAGGUAAAUUUACUGUGGAAAUGAAAAAGAUUUCCUUUUUUAUAUUGAAACCAAAUCACGUUUGCACAGUGUUUAAAACUGGUUUUCUGUAUCUAAAAUUUACUUUAAGGUUCUUCUGUUAUCCCAGCAGUUACUCUACAGUGUAAUCGUUGUUGUGUUUUUCUUGCUUUUAUUUGCAUUUAACAGAUUCCAUUCUAAGAAAGAUUCAGGGAGUUUGGGUUGCAAUGGUGAGGGUAGGACAGGGCAAUAGAGUAAAGAGUCAGAAUAGCUGGCAGCUUCCAAGCAGGUACCCUGGAGUUAGAUGCACACUGUAUUGAUUACCUUGCAUUCUUUUACUCUGUUCAAUUUUGUUCUCCCCUGCCCCCUCUUUCUUGCUUCUUGUUUGACAUUCCUCCAGUCAUCAUUCCCAUUGGAGAUCCUCUUCAGCAGUUAAUUUAAAGUAACAAAGUCUUUCCCCAGUUUAGAUUCUAGGGUUGAAGACACGUAGAAUUUCUUCUAUAAGGCUUGAUAUAGGGGCCUCCUUCAAAGACAUUGUAAAUUGUAAUGUUGGUAAAUAAUCACCUGCAAAGUUACCCUGGCCUAACUUUGCCUCUCUUCAAAUAAUUUUAGAUUUCUAAAGGAACUAGUUGGUAGGCUUGCCAAGUCAAUCCAAAUUUUUCUUCAAAGCUCUUUGGUCAAGAAUAGCAAUAGGCAAAUUAUAAUAUCCCGGAUAAGUUGUAAUGGAGCUCUUUACUAAGCCCCACCACAUAAACCUUUAUCCUUUCCUUUGUUCCUCUUGUUUUCAUUCUGUUUCUCUUUCUCCCUUAUCGUUUGCCUUGCCAUAAUCAUCAGUGACUAUCUGUGAAGGUAUCAUGUCAAUUCCCCCAUUUUGAAACUUUAGACUGAGUUCAUGGGUUAAAGAAAAGCCUGUUCAGUGGCCCUUGUCAGCUAAAAACAAGACUGACAGAAUUAAGAAUAGACUACAUUUGUUUCUACUUUGGCCUAAGAAUUGGGUGUCCAACAAACAAAAUCAUAAAUUCCUCUUCUCAGCUCCUGUUUCUUAACUGUUUGGCCCUGAUGCUUCAUUAACAAAGAACUUCAUACGAUGAUGUACUAUGCUAUAUAAUUAUUGGUCUUGAUUUUCAUUUUUCAUUCACAUUUUCAUAUGGACUUUCUUUUAUGUAGGGAAUAGAUUUCCCAUCCUUACUUCUUACUGGACGUUAUAAUUGAUACCAUUCGCAGAAAGUAUCUAAGCAAUUCUCUGUGUGAAGUGAAUAUAAUAGAUUUCCUUAGUUACAUGCCUGGUAUGUGCUAGGUUAGAGAGCCCUGGGCUGCUUUUCUCCCCAGGAGCUUGAUUUAAAACAAUCCAUUGUAGUGACUGCCCCUGUUGAAUCUGUGAAGCCUUUUUACAUUUUAGGGGGCAUUUUUUUGUUUCUUGAUUUCUUGGGUUUUUUUUUUUUAAACAAUGUCCCUAAUGGUUAAAGCUGAAAAUUUCUUCAAUGUUAAGUAGAAUUUGGAAGCAGGGUGAACCUAGCUUUUUUUUUUCCUCACUAGGACUUGCCAAAAAUGAACUCUUUAGACAACUUAUUUUACCCAUGAGCCUGCUGGACCUCUUGGUAGAUCUGAGGAACUAGAUCUGAGAUUACAUGAUAAACUUUAUACAUGACAUGAUAUAAUGACUGUCACAACACCAUCAGAGAGAGAAUUCUGAUCUAGACAUUUUCCCCCUUUGUGCUUAGCCCCAUAUUUCUCUGUAAACUGUCCUCCUUCCUUAUUUGGAGAGAAGCCUAAUAAAAAGCUCCAACCUCGCAUUUUAAAAAAAGCAGCAAUAGCUGGUAAGAGGCACAGACUUUCUUCUGAGGAUGUAUAAGCCUGACCAAUACUGUAUUUGGAACUGGUUUGCAGAGCAUGGUUGUUGGCUAUUAAUAACUCCACUGACACGUUACUCUCUGAGGGAAGCAGGUGGAAGUAGCAGGCAAAAUGUAUGACAUCUAGCUUUGUGACCAGCAGUAAGGUCAUAGAUAAUUCCAUUGACAGUGAAAGAGGGAUAAUGUUUGAAUGAAUUGUGCUGUAAUCAUGAAUUACAUUCACCUUUUUUCAGGCCCUAAACAUCUGUUACAGAAGGUGGAAAGUCCAUUUUGAUAGCUUCAUAUUUCAUGCACUCUGAAAAUAAAAGAAUAUGAUGGAACAACAAAAUGAUCUGUGCCAUUAAAAAUAAUAAUUCAGCUUGAAAUCCAAGUCGGUAACAAGUAUGUAUGGUUUUAAACUUGUUUUUAAAAAAAAACACUUUAGAAGUGAUUUUCUUCCAGAGUUGCCAAAAACAAAGUUCAAAACUUUUAAAUCAACUCUCAUAGUAGGAAACUGCCUAGUUUUAAGUGAUGAUAGUGUGAUAGCACUACAAAGGAAGUGAAUUUCUUUGAGCCCAGGGAUUGGCAGUAAUGAGGAGAAAGCACUUUUCAUUUAUUUUGUUUAAAAAUAUUACUAACAACUUUGAAGAUGCUACAGAGUGGCUUCCUCCUUCUCCCAAGCCUUUCUGCCUAUUGGAUAAAACUGAACCAUUGUGGUUCAUGAUAAGGAGACUUAUCUGAUAACCUGUGUUUCUAGGUCCAUGUUCAACAUGAUCUUUAUGGGUCUUAUAAAAAUGGAUUUAGUAAACUAAUGUCAUCCUUUUAAAAAUGUUAUUGGUAUCUUUUGUUUUUAUAUUUUCGUUUCUAAAUGUCUUCUUCUCUCCCUUUCCC